CUACAAAAUGUAUGUGAAGCCUAAAACAUUGCAGAAAACCCAAAAGAAAGGCACUGCAUAUAACCUGCCGAGAGUGAAGCAAACCCUAGAGUGAAGCAGCUGCACGAUCAUGGGGAGGUCAGAGAACAGGGUGUGUUUUUCCCUUUGGAUUUGCCUCCUUGUAUGGCUCCAACCAGCAUUGUCACUAUCGGGUCCUGUAAUCGGAUUAGAGGGGGGAAGAGUGCUGUUACCCUGCACAUACCCUGUUACUAGAGGUACAAUCACUAUGUGUUGGGGGCGAGGGAGCUGCCCAAUUUCUAAAUGUAACAAUGGGAUCAUCUGGACUAAUGGCAAGAAAGUGACCUGGAAAGCAUCAGAAAAAUAUGGAUUAUGGGGAAACAUAACACAGGGGGACGUGUCUCUAACCAUCACUCAGCUGACCCUCAGUGACUCCGGAACCUACUGCUGCCGGGUGGAGACCCCUGGUUUGUUCAAUGACCAGAAGGUGAAGGUGUCUCUAGAGGUACAUGAAGCGGUCGAAGAUUCAACUCUAUUCUCUACAACGUCCUUUCCGGAAAGCGUGGCUCUGAGAAAGACAGAACUGUUCGAUCUGGAAACCAAACCUGAUGGCAACACCUUGUCGAGUAUUAUAAUUGCGAUGUUCCUCUUGGUGCUCCUGGUUGGUCUGUCACUGUACCUGUAUACAUGGAGAAACCACCCAUGUAGAAAAACAAGUAACUUGCCUGACUCAAGCCUCAGCGCCCUGGAGAAUGCUUUGAGCCCAGCGGCAGAGAAUGUUUAUUAUAUUAAAUUUGAAAACUUGUGAAGUUUUAUGUUUCUACUAGUUAAUAAGAAAGUGUUGUUGGGCUCCCAGUGUACCCCUCGCUCAGUUCCCCCACUAGAUUCAGCGUGGGCCUAAGGCAUAAGCUGACAUUGUGUCUCGUUACUUUUGAAACCCACACAUAAGGCAUGCUGGGAAAAAAACACUAUUCAUGCUAUAGCAAAUUACCCCCACCCAAAACCUCAUUUUCUAUCCACACACCUUUCAGACUCUUGUAGAGACUAUAAGAAUGAAUGAAUGAAAAAUAAAGUUUCUCUCUAAAUAUGA